ACACGCACAGAAAAAACGCGGCUCUUUUAUUCUUCAUCAACAAACACACGCACAGAAAAAACGCAGCCGCGCGCGGCCUCUGUUUGCUUUCGCCUGCUCUCCUUUGCUCGACAUAGAAAAAACAGUGUAAUAAUGGUGGCAAAAUCCAAGGACCCUGAUUGGAUCCCAUCGACGCCUAAGGUCAAAACUGCUUCAAAUCGUCGUAAAAAAUCGAUAGGAAAAACAGAUGCAGACACCUCGAGAAUGAAAGGUGGAGCUUCGAAAAAGCCCAAGAUUUUGAAGAAGAGAAGACAAGUGCGGAAGAGGAUUUCGUCGAACAAGUUAGCCGAGCUGACAAGAGUGCUUCGCGACAUUGAAAAACACACGUGCACUACUACUCUCAACUCAUCUUGGAUGAAUGCGAAAAAGGAAAGAUCGAAUACCUCCAUAAGGAGGAAGGACUUUAAAUCUGGUUUUGCGGCUCAUAUCAUUGGAGUUCAAGACCAUACAGAGGAUAAGGUUGUGGUUUCUUGCCAUGGGAAUACAGAGAAUCACACGCAGUCGGAAGAAGACAUCACAGAUAUGGAUGUUAGUACACAGAAAAUGGAUUGUGAUGGAGCUAAUACACAUGAUCAAAACGAUUGUGCUAACAAUGAUGAUCUCUUUAGUUCCUUCUUUGUGCCUCCUUCGUUGAAUGAGAAUGUUGAUUGCCAUGGUAUAAACAACUCUGUGAUUCUUGAAGCUCAACAAGUGGUUGUAAAUGAAACAAAUGGCAAGGAAAUGGCAGUUGCAGAAGUCAAGGACGUUGCUUGGGUGCCACUGACACCUCAGAUUCAAGCAAAAGUUGGGUACUCGGAGAAAGAAAGUGAAACUACAAACAACUGCAAAUAUUUCGAGUCAAAUAUUUCAGGGUCAGAUGCUCCAAAAUGUGGAAAAUCAGAGAGCUUGAUAGAUAUUCUCAAGAAGAUGUGCACACGCGAUAAGAAACCGCACAAGAGAAAGAAGAUAAAGAGACACAACCCCAAAGUCGGUCCUAUCACACCUUGCACUCCCAAACCUCAUACUCCAAAGCCCGCUAAGAAAGUGAAGAAGAAAAGUGUUGAUUCCAUCAAUAUUGAUGCAAAAGCAACUACUAGCAAACGAGCGAGCAGACGUAAGUUGGAUUUUGGUGAAGAAUGUCCCGCCAUGGGCCAAGAGGAGGAUUUUGGUGAAGAAUGUCCCGCCAUGGGCCAAGAGGAGUUGAUGAAGCCACAAGUUACAGCAGAUGUUUCAUCAGAAAAGGGAGGGCCGAAUACCCCCAAGAUAUGCACGAUUUCUUGCACACAAGUUCAAGAAGAGGAGGCGGAUAACACGAUUUCUUGCAACGGGAGCAUUCUGAAUGCUUCCGUUGCAAAAAUCACAAACCUACAAGAGAAUGUAGAAAAUGUCUUGUUGAUCCAAGGAGAUAAGGAUGUUAGAGAUGCGCAAGCAGAUUUUGUUGUGAAAAAAAUGCAGUCAUUAUGCAUUAACGAAGAGCGUAGUGAUGCACUUGUUGUUGCGGAAAAGAAAUACAAAGGAAUCGUUGAUCUUGAUAAGGAGACGAUGGUUGUGUGGAAUCUGUUAACGAGAGAUGAUUGGAACAAAGCUGCCGAAGCAGAAGCACUUGGUGCUGAUCAUGUGGAAUAUAUGAAGAGGGAGAGGAAAUUGCUUCGAAAUAAAUUGGACGUGUUUCUAGACCGCAUGGAUGUGGUUCAAGGAAAUAGGCAAUUCUCGCCGUGGAAAGGAUCAAUUGUAGACUCUGUAGUUGGUGUUUUUCUUACUCAAAAUGCCAGUGAUCAUAUGUCGAGUACGGCGUUCAUGGCUUUGUCAUCGAGAUAUCCGCCUCUAUCCGUGGACGAACAAAACUCACGAAUUCGUCUCUUGGAUCAACAAGUGAUGGUGGUGGAAUCCGCAUCCGAUAAGAGUGAAUUCAUCCGUGAGGUUGAUCCUCCUAUACGAGUAGAAAGAAGAAAAGGAAAGGGUAACAAGAAACAAGAAUUGCCUAUCAAUUGGGAUGACUUGAGAAAACAAUACUCUCGCGGUCUCUCAAGAGAGAGAACUGAGCAGAACGCCGAUUCUAUUAAUUGGGAAGCAAUGAGGCAAGCAUCGAUAGAAGAGGUUGCUCUUGUUAUUAUCCAACGAGGCAUGAGCAAACAACUUGCCGAAAGAAUCAAGGGCUUUCUUGACCGCCUAGUUAGAGAUCACGGCAGUAUUGACUUAGAGUGGCUAAGAAAUGUUCCACCACCUAAAGCAAAGGACUAUUUAUUGAGCAUAUCUGGUCUAGGAUUGAAGAGCACCGAGUGCGUGAGGCUUUUGGCACUUUACUACCCGGCCUUCCCGGUUGACACGAAUGCUCGUCGGUUUUUUGUUCGUAUGGGAUGGGUUCCAUUGAAGAAACUACCCGAGGGAGUUAAGCUACAUGAACUCAACGAUUAUCCAAGUCUAGACAGCGUCCAAAAAUACAUGUGGUCACGCGCUUGCGACAAUGAUCAUCAACUAUUAUACGAAAUACAUUGUCACAGUGUUACUAUUGGCAAGUCAUUCUGUACAAAGCUCCAACCAAAUUGCAAAGAAUGCCCGAUGAGAGAUGAGUGUGCGCAUUAUGCAAGUGCACUUGCAAGCAAUAAGCCUCGACUCCAAGGUUUCCAAGCUAACUCGAGUCUAGAAGCGCCAAUGUUGACAAAUUCAGAUGGGAAUGAGGUUAAACAUCAUUCAAAUUCUGAAACAAUCAUAGAACUCCCAUCAUCUCCUGUGGUAGAGACAACGACUAUGGAGCCACUAUGUUUCCAACCAAUCAUAGAACUCCCACCAUCUCCUGUGGUAGAGACAACGCCUAUGGAGUCACUAGACAUAGGGGAUAUAGAAGAUAUUGGCACAUUGAGCCACGUGGGCUAUAUUGGCACAUUGAGUCGCGUAGAGCGCUCGAAGAAGAUACGUACGAAGAAGAUACGUAGCUUUAUUGGAGAAGAUAAUGAGAUUUCACAAGCUUUGGUUGCUAUAAAUCCCAAUGUUGCUUCAUUUCAGUUGCCUAAACAAAAGUUAGAAUAUCGGUUAAGGACGGUACAUGAAGUGUGCGAGCUGCCAGAUUCACACCCUUUUUUGGCAACGUUUUCAAAGCGGGUACACGGGGACCGCUGUCCGUACCUUCUUGCAAUCUGGACGGAAGAUGAAUGUAGCGAGGAGGCUACAACGUGUGAUACAGGAAAACCGAGUUUAUCAAGAGAAGUUGUUGAAUAUCAAAAGAGGAUUAAAGGAACUAUUUUGAUACCAUGCUUUACAGCGAAUGGAGGGCGAUUUCCUUUGAACGGGACAUAUUUUCAAAUAAACGAGGUUUUUGCGGAUCAUGAAUCUAGUCUGCGGCCUAUAGAUGUUCCUAGAGAAUUGAUUUGGAAUUUGAAGAGACGAAUUCUAUAUUGUGGCAAAAAUAUAACUUCAAUAUGCAGAGGCAUGAAUAUGGCAGAAGUUGCUUAUCUCUUUAAUAGAGGUUUUAUUUGCAGUAGAGGAUUUGACACAAAAUGUAGAGAUGCAGUAGCAAUGGUAAAUAGAUUUCAUGGAUAAUUGAACAAUUGAGUGUUGUGUCAUUCGAUCAAUGUACAUGUGUGGCCGUGGAGAUUCUUUGAUUAAUACUAGUGGUAUGUUUCAGUUU